CUCCAUGCGGCGGGAUUUGGGAGGUGACAUAUAUUUUUUUUCCUUUUUGAGGGAGGCAGGCCUGUGCUGUCAAACCACGACAACAACAACACCUGAAUCUGUUCUCCCGUGUCACUGCUAAUCACCAUUUCUAAUCAUCAAAAAGUCACCAAUCUCUGCAUUUUUUGUGGACUUAACCUUGUGCUGUACUCUGGGAAUGUUGAGUAAACACCAGAGCUGGACGGGAUGUGCUGUACGACAAUGGAGUGUGUAGCAGCAGGUUUGGCUACUUGGUGAGACUGAAGCUACUGUCACUAUGGCGCACUUUGACACAGAGUACCAGCGCCUGGAGGCGUCCUAUAGCGACUCUCCCCCUGGAGAGGAGAACCUGCUGAUGCAUGUGCCUGAAGGAGCCAAAUCCCAGUGGCACCACAUAGAAAACUUGGACCUGUUUUUCCAGAGAGUCUAUAACCUGCAUCAGAAGAAUGGAUUCACCUGUAUGCUGCUGGGAGAGAUCUUUGAGCUAGUUCAGUUGCUGUUUGUGGUUGGCUUCACUGUAUUCCUGGCCAACUGUGUAGAUUAUGACAUCCUCUUUGCCAACAAGUUUGUAAAUCACACUGAUUCAUCGAAAGUCACCUUGCCUGAUGCCUUCCUCCCAGUGAAUGUCUGCAGUGCUCGCAUCCAAGGCAAUGCAUUUGUGAUCUUUGUGCUGAUGAUCUCUGGGGUGUUUUGGCUACAUCGGCUGAUCAAAUUUAUCUACAACGUCUGCUGUUACUGGGAAAUCCGAUCCUUCUAUAUCAAUGCCCUGAAGAUGACCAUGUCAGAGCUCCCCUAUGCAACAUGGCAGGAGGUUCAGGCCCGGAUAGUGGAGAUCCAGAAGGAACACCAGAUCUGCAUCCAUAAAAAGGAACUUACAGAGCUUGACAUUUACCACCGCAUCCUCCGCUUUAAAAACUACAUGGUUGCCAUGGUGAAUAAAUCACUUCUUCCUGUGCGAUUUCGGCUUCCUGUACUUGGGGAGAGUGUGUUCUACACUCGCGGUCUCAAGUACAACUUUGAGCUCAUCUUCUUUUGGGGGCCAGGUUCUCUGUUUGAGAAUGAAUGGAGCCUAAAACCAGAGUAUAAGAGAGGAGGCAACAGGCUCGAGCUGGCUGACAGGCUAGCAUCUCGUAUCCUGUGGAUUGGCAUCGCCAAUCUGCUGCUGUGUCCGGUCAUUCUGGUGUGGCAGAUUCUCUACGCCUUCUUUAGCUACACUGAGGUGAUCAAGCGAGAACCUGGUUCUCUGGGAGCGAGAUGCUGGUCUCUGUAUGGUCGCUGUUACCUGCGUCACUUCAAUGAGCUGGACCACGAGCUCAUGUCACGCCUCAGCAAAGGCUACAAGGCUGCAUCCAAGUACAUGAACUGUUUCCUCUCACCACUGCUGACGGUGGUUGCCAAAAAUGUAGCAUUUUUUGCUGGGUCUCUCUUGGCUGUUCUCAUCGCCCUGACCAUCUAUGACGAGGACGUCCUUGCAGUGGAACACGUUCUCUCGUCAAUCACACUGCUGGGAGUGUGUAUCACAGUCUGCAGGUCUUUCAUUCCUGACAAGCACAUGGUGUUUUGUCCUGAGCAGCUGUUGCGGGUUAUCCUGGCUCAUAUCCACUACAUGCCUGACCAUUGGCAGGGCAAUGCACAUAGAUAUGAGACCCGUGACCAGUUCUCCCAGCUCUUUCAGUACAAAGCAGUGUUUAUUCUAGAGGAGUUGCUAAGUCCAGUGGUGACUCCCAUCAUCCUCAUCUUCUGUCUGAGGAGAAAGUCUCUGGAGAUCAUCGAUUUCUUCAGGAACUUUACGGUGGAGGUCGUCGGGGUGGGAGACACCUGCUCCUUUGCCCAGAUGGACAUCAGGCAGCAUGGACAUCCUGCGUGGAUGUCAGAGGGGAAGACCGAGGCGUCUAUCUACCAACAGGCAGAGGACGGAAAGACAGAGUUAUCGCUGAUGCACUUUGCCAUUACCAACCCUCAGUGGCAGCCUCCUCAAGAGACAACACACUUUAUCAGCCAGUUGAAAGAAAGAGUUCACAGAGAGGCCACAGGGGUUCCUACAGACACGCAUCCGCUCUCACUGUCAGAGUCUGAGCCGAGGAGCCUCAUUGCAAACCUCUUGGCAGGUCCCUCUACGCUGGCCUCUGUUCAUUUUGGCAGGGACAGCUCUUUGACCAAUCACGCAGCAGCUGGCAUAAGCGAUGGAGCAUCUGCUUUGCGCUCCCUUUCCCCAAUCAGCAGCAGUCUGCAUCUGAGAGGUAGUUUGAGUGCAGCUCACAGGACAGCUGGCCACACUUCAACCAUGAGCAAGGCAAUGGCAGGCUCUGGGACCGACGCCCGAACUGUGAGCUCAGGCAGCAGUGCGUGGGAGGGUCAACUCACCAGUUUGGUCCUGUCAGAGUAUGCCUCCACUGAGAUGAGCAUCCAUGCACUUUACAUGCAUGAGCUUCACAAACAGCAGUCCCGUGGCGAGCUGUCUCGUCAUACCUGGCACAGGCAG